GCCCCGGCCAAUCCCGCCCCACAAAAGAAUUAUAUUGUCACUUCAACCCCAUUUGAAUGGCGUGGCUCAAUCUCAUUUGAUAGAUAAUUAAUCGGCCAUCCACACCAGAAGCAGCAUAUUAAUCCCCUCUUUCCGGGGCGGGAAAAACUUAGAAAAAGCAGCAAUUGCGAAGUGGCCAAAACGGCUCCGCUGCCCUCCAUUAUAAAAAUGAAAAAGGCGAUUUCCAUACCCUCUUUGACCACCACUAGAAAAUGGAACAAAACGCAGCGAAACCACCGGCGCCUAGAGUCGCCGUGGUAUUGUUCUUGUUGAAGGACGAAUCCGUCUUGCUGGGGAGGCGCCGUUCCUCCGUCGGUGACUCCACGUUCGCCCUCCCCGGUGGCCACCUAGAGUUCGGGGAAAGUUUCGAGGAGUGUGCGGCAAGGGAAUUGAAGGAGGAAACGGGUCUGGAGAUUAACAAAACGGAGCUCCUAACAGUUACAAAUAAUGUCUUUCUCGAGGAACCAAAGCCGUGCCACUAUGUUACUGUUUUUCUUCGAGCAAACUUGGCCGAUCCAGAGCAGGUGCCGCAAAAUCUCGAGCCUGAGAAAUGUUAUGGUUGGGAUUGGUAUGCUUGGGAUAAUCUGCCAAACCCGUUGUUUUUGCCCUUGGAGAAGAUGGUAAAAAGUGGGUUCAACCCAUUUCCAGAUCACUAGAUUUCUUUCUGCUCAUGUUUAUUUAUCCUGUUAUAAUUAGUUUUAUGUGCAUCAUAUUAUUAACUAUUAAGAAGUCAGAUGUUAGCAAUUACAAGUUUAUGUACUGUUGACUGAUGGUGCAUUUUGAGUUUAAUUAUCGCUGGAAACGAAUUAACCCA